AUGUGCCAUACAGUUGCUGAUGGAUGCGCCUUGAGCAUGUUUGUCAAGGCUUGGGCUGCCAUGGCCCAUGGCGAUGCCAAUAUGGUGGCUCCAAGUUUCGCCACGUCCUCUCUCUUCCCACCCAGAGAUUCGUUUGGGCUGCAGACGAGUUACGAAAGCUCGAAAUGCUCGGGCGAAACUCGAAUCUUCCGCUUCAGUAGUUCGAAAAUAGCUGCUCUGAGAGACGAAGUAGGAGCCAGUACUGCGGUUCAACCGACGCGCGUUCAAUUGGUGACAGCGGUAAUUUGGAAGUGGGCCAUGGCUCGAAAAGGGCGUGACCGAUGCCUCCCUUCAUUCGUGUGGUAUCCGGUGAAUGUAAGGGGGAGGAUCGACCCGCCUCUAUCAGAAAACACAUUCGGCAACGCCAUCUGGAGAGAGACAAUGUCGGGAAAUGGCAAGAUGGAUUUGGGCGAGCUGGUGAGCAAGACGAGGGAAGCAGUGGGGAAAAUUGACAGUGAGUACUUGGAGGAGUUGCAAGGGGAAAAUGUGAAUGAAAAGCUCGUGAGAGAUACGAAGAAGGUGAUGGAGUUGUUCGUCGACAACGAAGUGGAUUACUUCCUGAUUACUAGUUGGUGUAGGUUUCCGUUUCACGAGUCGGAUUUCGGAUGGGGUAAGCCUGUUUGGGUGAGUACUGCAAGUUGGGGUAACUUCUCUUCCCCUUUGUUGUUGCUUCAGCUCUAA